AUGGAGCUGGCAAAGAAAGGUGGAAAUGGCUUCUUUGUCAAUAUCCCUGGCCAGGACAAAGCCAUCAUCUUCACAGCAGGCCACAACCUUAUGGAUGAAAACGGAAAAAGAACGCAAAACCUUCGAGCCUGGUGGUCUGACCUCGGGGAGCAACACAAAGGGAUCGAGAUCCAGGAGAGUGAUACUCGAGUUAGCAAAGUCUUUUCGACCAAGCCUAACGAAGAGUCUGCCAUUGAUGACUUUGGUAUCAUCAUGAUUCCCAAGAACAACAACCCUCCACCUCCCAGGACAGCAUUUGGAUUUGCUUUGAGACUUGCCGAGGAAGAAAGGCUGGAAGGUAUAUGCAACAUCUCCAGCUAUUUGACCACGGCGAAGCCUGGCGAGCCGCCUACACGCAGUACGGGGCGCUUCGUCAAUCCUAUACUGAAACAGCAUCAGCUCGAGUAUCUGACAUAUACUGAGGCUGGUGUGAGUGGUUCCGUGGUCUGGACUGGGUACAAUGGAGCUCCUGUAGCAGUGGCUAUACAUAAUUACGGUCCGAAGCGAAAGAGUCCCAAGUACGGCAGUCGUGGUUCUCGUAUAGACAUGAAAAUGAUGCGGGAGAUCAUGGAGUGGACCGGCGUCUACAAAAGGGCCGUUGCCAUCAUAGCCCAACCCUUCGGCAAGAAACAGCAAGCUUCCCCAUUGCCAUUGCCACUCUGCAUGGCCUGGUCCGAACAAGACAAAGUUCUCCGCGUUCAUGUACAAGACGACACCGAACCAACCAUAGAAGAAGCAACAUUCCAAGCCCUCCCGGUGUUUUCCGCUGCAAUGCUCCUCGGAAAAGAGCCCAAAGAGGAAAUCGGCUUCGCACAGAUUGACAAGAGACCCAACGCUGCAAAGGACGCGAUGCGCUGGGUGUCGUGGAACUUUGACCGGAAUAGCGUUAGUUUUGCUAGUGCCUUGAGUAGAGCGCGGUUGGUCAAGUGGGAUGUAAAGGGGCCGUGGGAGGGGAAGAUGGCGGGGAUGACGUUCAGUUGGGGCGAUGGGAUUCGAGAGGUUGUGUUUCGGGUUGAUGAUGAGGUUGUGAAGAAUUGGGAGCUCAGUCUUCCCGAUACUGAGUACACCGGUAUUGCGUAUCAAGACAAAGGGGAUGCGAAGUUCCAGAAUUGUUAUAAGAGAUUUAUCAUGCAAGAUGUUUAG